AUGAGCACGCGGAACCUCGUCCGCGCGACGGCGCAGUACAUCUACGCGGCGGUGCGCAUGAACCUGGAGCAAGCGCUGCGACGGCACCGGCGGUGCAUGGCGGCUGACGCGUACGUGCGCAUCCUGACCAGCGAUCCGCUGUUAAGCCUACCGGGCGCCAUCGAGGAGCUCAUCGGGACCACGGUCGGCGGUGACGACGACGGCGACGGCGACGACGCGCGCCUGUCGGCUGCGUCGCUCGACCCCAAGGCCGACCAGAUCCGCGCGCGCGUGUGCAUGCUGCUGCGAAGGGCGAUCCACUUGGCCGUAGCGGGGGCAACGAUGGCGGACAGGAUGGGCCGCGGCGGGAGGAGGAGGAGGGGUGAGGAGGGGGCGCCGCUGCCCGAGAGGCGGCACGCGCUGGCGGACGACGUCGGCGCCUGGACGGUCGAGCAUGUGACGCAGCUGAUACAGGACAGUGCCGAGUGCAUGCUGGGGGAGCUUGAGCAUCGGUGCAGGAGGGAGCAGGUCUGGGAAUGA